UGCUGAGGAGAUCGGUAGAGGAUAUUUCGGUCACGUAGAAGAAUAUCAUGAGCUUAAGAAAAAGGGCAAUAAAUUAUGGAUGGCUGCCAGCGAUUUAACGGACGCCAAAGAGAGCAAAGCUCUACCAACCAUAUCCGGCGAUACACUCUCAGGCCGGAAGCUGGCAUCAUUACAGCCUGAACUGGACAACAAAAUUUCGCUUGUUUUGGUGGCAGUGAGAGACAUAGCACGGCCGCAGUUGGAACUUUACCGGACCUAUUUCGAAGAAAACUUCGCUUCUCAUUCUGCCACCCAAGUUAUCGAGGUAUCAUUAAUUGAACGGCUGCUUUUUCGGUAUCUAUCAUUCCUGAUGAUUUCAAACCUAAAAAAGGUCAUCUCUGACCUUGACCGUCAGGAUAAAUGUUUGGUCAGUAAUGCGAAUACAGAUGUAAUUGUGGAGCAGUUGGACAUCAGCAAUCCGCUUUUUGGCUACGCAUAUCUUGUGGAUGGGAGAGGGCGAAUAAGGUGGCGCGCUCACGGGACUCCGGCUGGCGAGGAAUUGGUCAUCCUUAAGGAUCUGACUGAAAAGCUAAUAAAACGUCAGUAAUCGUGCUACGGAUGGCCGAAGUUUGCACGAGUGAAAGGAAACUCAGAAGCUUUCCGCUGGGUUCACUCAAAACUUACAUUCGUCAUUUUUUUCACCAACGUUAUAUUACUCCGCAUAUGUUCAAUACAGGCCAAUCUACCCAAGUUUAGCCAAAAGAAAGCUUGAAACCAGUGAACUUUGAAUU